AAAGCCUCCACAUGCAAGCAAGACUAUAACGAAACUGAACUCCAGUUCCAAACUUCAUAGGCCUACUCAAUGGAUACAAACAGAAUGCUUUCCAUUAAAUGGCAAGCAAACCAAAAAUGUUGGAUUGACCCAAUUACCUCUGGCCCUGGACCAAGUGAGCGCGAGAGGAGGGACGACAAGCUUCUGCUUACCAGGUCGACUAUGGGUAUUGGUUAAAGGACCCUAAUGACAAAUAAUAUAAAUAAUAAUUCGUUUACGUCAAUUAUUAUAUUGCCCCGUACAAAAAGCUCGGUUCCAAAAUCUUCAAAUUCCACUUGCCCCGGAAGUAAUUACUUUGUACAUUGUAUACUUCUGGUGGUUUUUAUGUUUCAGUAAACAUUAAAACAGUGUUUGCCAGUCAUUUUUUCUCUCCAGAUCUUUCCACGUUGAUUUCCCUGAAUCGUUGCAACACGUAAAACACAUUUGUCUCGUUGAUUUAAAGUUUUUAUUGGGUACAUUUUGAAAUAAUCAUUGGAAGAGAGCGAGGAUAUCAGUGGGCCGUGCGUGACAUCACACAUUCAUAGGUUAGCUAGCAGCUCUGGACUCCGUCUAUCUGUGUUGGGGGGAUGGGGCCGUGCUGAGGAUGAUACAGCUCUCGUGGUCUUGUAAUUUAGUGCAGGGCAAAAAAACUACUUUUGAACUGAGCCACUUUUACUGUUUGAUAUAGUAAGAUAGAGUGCCCGAUUACGUAUGUCUUUUGAAGACGUUUGAAAGGAAUAAAGUGGAGUACCAGACCAGCCACGGUGCACGCCGAAAAAGGACAAAAUGUAUUCCACUCCUGGUGCUGCCGAGAUACUUGAAGGACCCCAUUCCUCUGGGUCGAUGGGCUCUGACCCCUCUGAUCCAGACCCCCCAUCUCCUCCCGUGCCUGAGUAUGUGUUCAAACCGCCCUCCCGGCCGGACUUCGGCACCAUGGGAAGGACAAUCAAACUGCAGGCCAACUUCUUUGAGAUGGAGAUACCCAAACUGGAGGUGUAUCACUACGACAUUGACAUCAAGCCAGAGAAAUGCCCCAGGAGGGUGAAUCGUGAAAUCGUCGAGCACAUGGUACAGCACUUUAAAACGCAGAUCUUUGGGGAUCGAAAGCCAGUGUACGACGGUAGGAAGAACCUCUACACAGCCAUGCCUUUACCUAUAGGCAGGGAAAAGGUGGAGCUGGAGGUGACCAUCCCAGGCGAGGGGAAGGACCGCAGCUUUAAGGUGGCCAUCAAGUGGGUGUCGUGCGUCAACCUGCAGGCCCUCCACGAGGCGCUGUCCGGACGCCUGCCCAACAUCCCCUUCGAGACCAUCCAGGCUCUGGACGUGGUCAUGAGACACUUGCCCUCUAUGAGGUACACCCCUGUGGGCCGGUCGUUCUUCACCCCCUCCGAGGGCUGCUCUAACCCCCUGGGCGGGGGCCGUGAGGUCUGGUUCGGCUUCCACCAGUCAGUCAGACCCUCCCUCUGGAAGAUGAUGCUGAACAUUGACGUGUCUGCCACCGCGUUCUACAAAGCCCAGCCUGUUAUUGAGUUCAUGUGCGAAGUGCUGGAUUUUAAAAGCAUCGAGGAACAACAGAAGCCCUUGACCGACUCCCAGCGAGUGAAAUUCACCAAGGAAAUCAAAGGCCUGAAGGUGGAGAUCACUCACUGUGGUCAGAUGAAGAGGAAAUACAGAGUGUGCAAUGUGACCAGACGACCAGCCAGCCACCAGACGUUUCCCCUGCAGCAGGAGAACGGCCAGACCAUCGAAUGCACCGUGGCUCAGUACUUCAAGGACAAGUACAAGCUGAUCCUGCGUUACCCCCACCUGCCCUGCCUGCAGGUGGGCCAGGAGCAGAAGCACACCUACCUGCCCCUGGAGGUGUGUAAUAUAGUAGCUGGCCAAAGGUGCAUCAAGAAACUGACGGACAAUCAGACGUCCACCAUGAUCCGAGCCACGGCCAGGUCAGCCCCGGACCGACAAGACGAGAUCAGCAAGCUGAUGAGAAGUGCCAACUUUAACACGGACCCGUACGUGCGUGAGUUUGGAGUGAUGGUGAGGGAUGAGAUGACCGAGGUCAACGGCAGAGUCCUCCAGGCUCCUUCUAUCCUCUACGGGGGCCGGAAUAAAGCCAUAGCCACUCCUAUCCAGGGGGUGUGGGACAUGAGGAACAAGCAGUUCCACACCGGCAUCGAGAUCAAGGUGUGGGCUAUCGCCUGCUUCGCCCCCCAGAGGCAGUGCACCGAACUGCUGCUCAAGGCGUUCACCGACCAGCUGCGUAAGAUCUCUCGUGAUGCUGGGAUGCCCAUCCAGGGCCAGCCCUGCUUCUGUAAGUAUGCCCAGGGGGCCGACAGCGUGGAGCCCAUGUUCAAGCACCUGAAGUACACCUACCAGGGCCUGCAGCUGGUGGUCGUCAUCCUGCCUGGAAAGACCCCCGUCUACGCGGAGGUGAAGCGUGUGGGAGACACAGUACUGGGCAUGGCCACCCAGUGUGUCCAGGUAAAGAACGUCCAGAAGACCACCCCCCAGACCCUCUCCAACCUCUGCCUGAAGAUCAACGUCAAGCUGGGGGGCGUCAACAACAUCCUGCUCCCGCAGGGCAGACCCCUGGUGUUCCAGCAGCCUGUCAUCUUCCUGGGCGCCGACGUCACCCACCCUCCUGCUGGGGACGGCAAGAAGCCCUCCAUCGCUGCUGUGGUAGGCAGCAUGGACGCCCAUCCCAGCCGGUACUGUGCCACGGUUCGGGUCCAGCAGCACCGGCAGGAUAUCAUACAGGACCUGGCCACCAUGGUGAGAGAGCUGCUCAUCCAGUUCUACAAGUCGACCCGUUUCAAGCCCACCCGGAUCAUCUACUACCGCGACGGCAUCUCCGAAGGCCAGUUUAACCAGUCGGCACAGGUGCUGCAGCACGAGCUGCUGGCCAUCCGAGAGGCCUGCAUCAAGCUGGAGAAGGACUACCAGCCCGGCAUCACCUUCGUGGUGGUCCAGAAGAGACACCACACCAGGCUGUUCUGCAUGGACCGUAACGAGAGGGUGGGGAAGAGUGGCAACAUCCCAGCUGGCACCACGGUGGACACCAAGAUCACCCAUCCCUCCGAGUUCGACUUCUAUCUCUGCAGCCACGCCGGCAUACAGGGCACCAGCAGGCCCUCUCACUACCACGUCCUCUGGGACGACAACCACUUCACCUCCGACGAACUGCAGGUGCUCACCUACCAGCUGUGCCACACCUACGUACGCUGCACGCGCUCAGUCUCCAUCCCAGCGCCAGCCUACUACGCCCACCUGGUGGCCUUCCGCGCCCGCUACCACCUGGUGGACAAGGAGCACGACAGUGCGGAGGGCAGCCACACUUCAGGGCAGAGUAAUGGGCGUGACCAGCAGGCUCUGGCCAAGGCGGUUCAGAUCCACCAGGACACCCUGCGGACCAUGUACUUCGCCUGAGCCCCCACCCUCCCCCGGCCGGGGCCUGGUCUUCCAGCCCUCCCCCCUCCCAGGGCCGAAGGGGGGCGGCUCCCUGGGUUUGUGUCGCCUCACCCUCACCUAUCUGGAAGGGGCCAGCAGCCCCUCUCACACAAAGAAAAUAGUGUCAUACGAAAAGUCAUGAUUUCCAUCGUUGUAUUUAAAGGCCACACAUGCAAGCCCUGGUAUCCCUCACCCCCUUACCCCUGCCCUCUGGAAUAUUAGGCUGUAAAAUGUAAAAGCUCAACAAGGGGUUUGGGGACAGGGGGUCUUAUUUGACAUGUUUGUACAUUUGUGUGUAUUUGUAUAUUUAGGGGGUUAACCUGUUUACAAAGUAUGAGCAGAGGAGGAGAAAAAGGAUAUGUAUUAAUUUCUUACUUUGAUGGAAAUAUUAGAACCAGUCUAGAGGACCGGGCCAUCGUGUUUUUCAAACUCUAGUUUCUUAGUUUCCCCCAUAUAGUGUUUAUAUUUUUGUUUGUUUCUAUAUUUGAUUGAUUGGGGCGUGGCAGUCGAUUAGGUGUGUGGCUAUCAGAAAAGGAACCAAUGAGAGUUUUUAAUCGCUCUAUUCGAAUCACAGCUAUUAUUUAUCAGCCAAUCAGAGCAGAGUGCACUGACCAAAUGAAUUCCUUAAUUGGGACACAAGUACUUAAGAGUAAUUGGUUGAUUCCACAAUAGCACCCCCUGUAGGUCUUCAUUUGAAUGUACAACUAUGAAUUUCAAGGUAGCGAUCAGCAGCCUUUAUAGUAUUUGUCCUCAAUCAACACUGGUGACCAACACACAUUGUUCGGAUGUGUCCGGUGACGACCAAGCAAACGAUUUACAUACGUUUUCAACUGUAACACUUAUUUACACAGAACGACUACUAACAAUUCUUAUUGGAGGAGGGAGAGAGGAGUGGUGUUCUGUGAUAGGCAGUCAGGGAGAGGACUGAGGGGGGGACUGGUUCCCAACACAACGCCUCUUUGAUCCUCCCAAACAUCAGGGGAGCUGAUGUGGAGAAUAUUGCAUGUCACGAUCUCUUUUAAAACUAUUAAUAACUUUUAAUCAUCUAUGAAUAUGCAUGUUACGACUUAAACAUUUGCGUUUUAAACGUUUCCCUUUUUUUUGAGUAGGUCUGAUUUUGAGUGGCUGUAAUGUGGGGCUGUGACCAGGCCUUAGCUAGGCGGGGGAGGGUGUCUCUUACACCUGGAGACUGUGGGGUGUUAACGGUACAGGAGGGAGAAGGACUGGAACAGCUUCUGAACCGACGCAGGAAAGCUCUGUCCUGAUUGGAUAAGCUACUUUGAUCAUUUAAAGAAGGUGUCCUAGUUAAGUCGUCUUGAUGGGGAACAUGGAUUGUUGUACUUGGUGUUGGUUUUAUGCAAAACGUUUUUUUUUCCUGGGUCUUCGUAGCAUAAUCAUGUUUGAGGGGUUUUCCAAUGAGCUUGUAGAAGAGAUUGUUACAACCAUUUUUAAAAGCUUUUUUUCUUUUAGAAUGACAGGCCUAUAGUUUAAAAGUCAAAUUAUUUACACACAAAACUCAAUGCAAAAAUUGUAUCGCCUUCCAGACUGUCCUUGAAAUGUUACUAAUCUAGUGCUUGUUCCCUUCUACCUAAGUACAGUUAUAGCUGCAGAUUGUUCAUGUACUCAAGAUGGGGGGAGGGGGGGUGGAGGGAUAUUAUCUCUAUUUUCUAACUAUGCAUUGUUUUUAACCAAGAGAUUUAGGAGUGAAGUUUCUCAUAUUAAUCUAGGUCAUUUUAUAGAAAUAGUACAUUUUGGGCUUUUAUUGUUAUUUUGUUUUGUAGCUUAAUGCAUUUAGUAGCGUUUGUAGUGCUUAUGCUUAUCCUCAGCCUUUUGUAAUGGUGUCAAGGAUUGUAAUGUCCUCAUUUGUAAUAUUGUAUAUUUGAUAGCACACAUUUAAUUGAGUAUAUCCUUUGUAGAACCCACAAUCACUCUUAGCCAAACAAGAUUACAAGUUUUUACAUAAUUAAUGUCUGGGAAAAGAAAACAACAAAAGUGAAGCACAAAGAGCCAUGUCUAUAGAUGGUGUUUUCCCUUCUCUAUAGCCCUCAGCCAUCCUGAGUGGGCAAGAGGUUCAUUUGCCAUAAGUAUGGUAAUAGAUGCUCAAAUGUUUUAAAUUACCUUCAUCUUCUCCACAUUACAUCAAUUGCUUUCAUUUCUCUUUACCUGUAAAUUAACAAAAAACCCGACUGACUGUGUUUUGUGGGGCAUUCUAAGAAUCCAGUACUUGAUAUUUACUGUUAUUGUGUCAAUAUUAUUAUUCGGUGCUUGUCUCGCAACAUGUAAAUUUGGAUGCACUUUGAAUAGAUAAUAUGGUAUGAACUCGAUGGAUUGGUCUCUCUGACCUGACAGGAAACAGUAUGACAGCGGUGCAGUUGUGUGGAAAUGGCUGUGUUCUACCUCUUGUUACCUGUUCACAUGUAAUGGUAACAUCACAUCACUGGUCAUUUCCUCAUAAUUACAUGCCAUCAUUACAUGUUUGACAUGCCUGGUUCUGAACAUGAGGCAUGGAUGAUGGGGACCCUGCAUUCUGUACACACAAGCCUAGUAGUGUUCCAUGUCCUAUGGUUUGUGCAAAAGGAGUUUUGGGGGGGAAAGUGGCUUGACUAUUGUUAUUUCAUUUCUUUUUUCUUCUAGAGAUCUUAAGCAUUGAGCUAUCAGACCAAACUUAACAAUUAUUAGGGAGUUCUUGUACCAUGCAGUCUUUGUCCUUAGCCCUAUUCUAUUCACUUAUCUGGCACCUUUUAUUUGGAAUAUGUGCUGGAAAGAUUUUAACAUGCAAAGUGUGUAACAAAGUCAUGACUGUUUGAUCACUGGAUAUGCUGUGUUGCCUGACAGACUGCUUUAAAAGUGACACCCUCUUAAGUCAAGGCCCAUGAAACUUCAUACCUAUCUUCCUAAUCUGAUACUAAUUGUUUUCAACAUGAGCUGCCAUGUUGAAUAUAAGCAGCGAAAGCCAAUGAAAAAAGCCACUGAUCUUGUGCAGUUAAACCUUGGAGCUGAUUUCAUGUUGGAAUGCGUCCAUGCCCGUUGAUUCUCCACAAGAUCUGUCCUGUUUUUACUAAUCGCUCGAUACAAACUCAACUAGUUUGACUGUUUAUUCUGGAGCUGACAGCAAUGUUGUGGAGCCGUCAGGCUGCUCCGCCCUUCCUGGUCCCCACACCCUUGUGUUAAUCCUCAACCUGUCUGUCAUGUUUUUAUUUUCAGUUUGUUGUUACUGCGUCCUCCUCUUAAUACCAGCACCUUACAUAGGCAGACCUGUACAGCAUUGCUUCUCCUGAAAAUAUCAGACAUUUUGAUAACAAUGUUAUUUUUGCACUAAAAUAAAAUGGAUUUUGGA